AUGUCUGUUUCUGAGACUUACUACCCAUCCGAGCCAACUGCUCCAGUUGUAAAGACUUCAGUCAUCCCAGGACCCGAGUCGAAGAAGCAAACUGAGGAACUCUCCACCGUUUUCGACACCAGACCAGUCUACUUCGUCGCUGACUAUGAAAAAUCCAAUGGUAACUACAUUGCUGACGUAGAUGGAAACGUCUACUUAGACGUCUACGCUCAAAUCGCAUCGAUUGCCUUGGGUUACAAUAAUCCUGCUCUGAUUGAGGCCGCAAAGUCUCCAGAGAUGAUCCGUGCUUUGGUUGAGAGACCAGCUUUGGGUAACUUUCCAGGUAAAGACUUCAAACAAAUUUUGGACAACAUUUUGAAGGUAGCUCCUAAGGGCCAGGACAAGAUAUGGUCUGGACUCUCUGGUGCUGAUGCUAACGAGCUAGCUUUCAAAGCUGCGUUUAUGCACUACCAGGCUAAGAAGAGGGGUUAUGGUACUAGUUUCUCCGAGGAAGAAGAGACAACUACCAUGUUGAACCAGUCUCCAGGUUCUCCAGAGUUGGCCAUCCUUUCUUUUAAGAGAGCUUUCCACGGUCGUCUUUUUGCAUCUGCUUCUGCAACUUGCUCCAAGCCAAUCCACAAGAUCGACUUGCCAUCUUUCAAAUGGCCAAAAGCUGAAUAUCCAGACUACAAAUACCCUCUGGAUGACAAUGCUGAAUACAACGAUGCUGAAGACAAGAGAUGCUUGGCCAUUGUCGAGGACAUUUUAACCAACUGGCAUGCACCGAUUGCUGCCAUCAUCAUUGAACCAAUCCAAUCUGAGGGUGGUGACAACCACGGUUCUGCAGCUUUCUUCCAAGGUUUGCGUGAUCUGACUUUGAAAUACGGUUCUUUGUUGAUCAUUGACGAGGUUCAAACCGGUGUCGGAGCCACUGGAACUAUGUGGGCUCACGAGCAUUUCAACCUGUCUCCAGCUCCAGACAUGGUUACCUUCUCCAAAAAAUUCCAAUCUGCCGGUUACUUUUUCCAUGACCCAGAAUUGGUUCCAAACUACUCAUACAGACAGUUCAACACCUGGUGCGGUGACCCCGCCAGAAUGAUCAUUGCCGGUGCCAUCGCCAAGGAAGUUGUCGACAAGAAUCUGAUUGCUAAUGCUAAGGAAGUGGGCGACUACUUGUUUGGUAAGCUGGAGGAACUCUCUAAAAAAUACCCUACUGAAUUGUCCAGACUUCGUGGUAAGGGCAGAGCUACAUUCAUUGCUUGGGAUGCAUCUUCUUCUGAGGCUAGAAACAGCUUCUUGGCCAAAAUGAAGUUGAACGGUGUUAACGUUGGUGGAUGUGCCGACCACUCCAUCCGUCUGCGUCCAACCUUGACGUUCGGCAAGAAGCACGCUGACAUCUUGGUUGCCACCAUCGACAAGGUUCUCUCUCAGAACUAA